AUGAGAUCAUGGCUGCUCCUGCUUCUGAGCUGCGUGGCUGAGUCAUGGAAGCUUCGAGGUGGAGCUGUGGCCAUGCUGCAGCUGGAAGAUGCUGCGUAUCCUUUUGCAAGCCGUGUCUUUGCAAAGAAGAAGCAGAAGGCGGGCGCGCCGCCAGCAGCAAUCCACAAGGCCUUACAUAAGAAUAUGGAUUUCGAAGCUCAGCGAGAUCGUGGUGACACUGAUGCUGUGGUCAUUGAGCAGACCUUCGAUUCUCUGGAUACUAAUUUUGACGAUAGCCUCUCCAGACGAGAGUUCAUUGCCGGAGCCAUCCGCAACAGUCCUGCGAGCCGUGCUUCAUUGGCCGAUAUAUUUGAGGCCAUGGAUGAGGAUGGAGAUGGCAGUAUCUCGCGCACUGAAUUCGUUAUUGCAGCAAGGGGAUCGAAGGAAAUGCUUGGCCUCAAUCCAGCAUUUCAAGCAGCAGAUGCAGAUGGAGAUGGCUGGAUCUCACAAGACGAAUUCAUGUUCUCCGCUCGACAGUUUUACCCCCGAGACUGGCAGACCACCGACAAGCUUGUUCCUCUUUUCCACCUUCUGGAUACCAACUCGGACGGACGCCUGUCACGCAUCGAAUUUCUCAAGCAGGCCGAUGGGGGACCGGUGCUUUCCGUGCCCUCGCCCCCCCCGAAGCCAAAGGCCACACACGAUAAGCCCAAAGCAAAGACUGUGAGAGAAGCGAAGACGACGGCACCGGUCCCGGCUGAGAAGGCUGCUGAUGCAAAAGAAGAGGAGAAGGAGAAGGAGGCGAACGAAGCGCCAAAGAGUUUGAAAGCCAAAGAGGAAGUCCCGAGCUUGAAGCAGCUUGCAAAGAACAUUGUACGUGAGACGGCGGCAGCUGUCCGUGAUGCCAUCCGUCAGGAGCUGGGGCCACUCCAACGCGAGAAGAAGCCCUUGAAUGCCCCUGCCAAGGCGGCCCUGGAAGCUGCAAAGGCUGCUGGGCUUCCAAAAGCCGUGGCGGCCACAGCAGCUGCCGAGGUCGCAGCGGAAGCAGCAGCAGAGGAAGAAGAGAGCAGGGGCAGCUCCACCCGUGUGAUCGGAGCGGCCGCUGCCACGGCUGCAUUUAAAGCAGCCAAGGCUGCCGGACUCUCGGAGACAGAAGCAGAACUUCGCUCGGCCGCGGCGGCCACCGAAACGGCUGCAAAGAAGGCCUUGGUCACAGCUGCGAGCGUGGAGGAGGCAGCGGCUGUUGCAGCCAAGGCUGCUUUUGUGGCUGCGGUGGAUUCAGGGCUCAGUGCCGCAUUGGCCGCACAAGCUGCUGCCGAAGCCGCCGGACAGGUGAUCGCAAAGCAUGCCCAGAGCUCCAAAGAUACGGUACAGAAGAAGGAAGGUGCUGCGAAGGCCGCAGAGAAGGCCCUGCAAGAAGCAGGCGUAAGUUCGAAUCUGGUUGCAGAUACAGCCAGCAGCGCCGUGGGCACAGCAGCUGCUGAGGAAGUCCGAGAAGCUGGUGGCGGGACCCCUGAAAUAGCCCAAGCAGCGGCGAAGGCCGUGUUCCAGUUUGCCACAGAUGCCGGAGCAGAUUCCAAAGUGGCCGUAAAGAAAAGUGCGAUUGCGGCAGGAGAAGCCGCCGUGAAAGUAGCCGUUGCUGAAGGCAAGACGACGAAAGAGGUAAUCAGCACAGCAGUUGAUGCAGCAACUGAGACUAUGGUGAAACUUGGGAACAACAAUCCAGACCAACAGGUCGACACGUCAAUGGAAGCUGCGAAAGAAGCCGUGGGUGCCAAGCUCACCACAAGACAAACUCUGUCUGUGGCAGCUGCCGAGGCGGCUACUGCCGCGGUCGAUGCCGGAGCCAAGAAGUCCGUGGUUCAAAUCGCAUCUCUGGCAGCGAAGUCGACCUUGCACGCGGCAACAAAGAUCGGUCUGACAGCGACUCAGGCGGCACUACCGAUUGCCAAGGCAGCAGGAGAGGCAGCAGUUCGCUCGGGCGACCUUCGCUUCAUGAGCACGGAGGAGAUAGCUUCCGCGGCGGAUGCGGCCGUGCAGCAAUUGUUCCAAGAGGAUCCAACCCCUGAGAAGCUGUCAAUCGCUGCAUUGGCUGCUGGCAUGGCAGCAGCCAACAGUGCACGAGACAGUGCGAAGAGGCAUGAGCUCUCUGCACAAGCAGCUGUUUAUGCGCAGAAAGCUGGGCUGAAAGCAAAAAUUGGCAAUGUCCGAGCAGGAUCCGCCGCAGCCACCGUGGCAGCAGCUGCCUUGGUGGACUCUUCUACUGAGCCAGAGAAGCAGAGAGAGGAAGCUGCAAAGAUAGCAUUGGAUGCAGCGAAAGCUGCUGGCCUGACAUCGUUGCAGGCAAGUGAAGCAUCCAAAGCUGCCGUUGAUGAAGCCGUCAGCUUUGCAAUUCCCGGGGAUGUUCUAGCCCAAGCUGGCAAAGCAGCCAAGACUGCGGCAGAAAAGAAGCAUUCGCAGAAGGACGCCUUGCAAGAAGCCGUAACUCUUGCGAAGCUUGCAGGCAAGGCUGCGAAGCUGGCUGGAAUGACUUUGCAACAAGUCGCCGUGGUCGUUGGCACCAAAGCUGCGACUGCGAUCUUCCAAUUCGCCAGAAUAGAGUCGCCAGCAGCUCUCACCCAGAAGGCAGUCACAGCCGCUCUGGAAGCUUCGGUGGCUUUGACUCUCACGUCUGAACAAGUUGGCUCCGCCGCUGUUUAUGCAGCUGCUGGUGCUGCCGCCAAGUCACAGAAGGUGUUUUUCCUGAACACGCAGGAGGCUGCCGAGCUGGCGGCAAAGACCUUGCGCACGGUCAUGGACGCGGCGGAGAAGACGGCGAAGGCGAAUCCAGCCGCCAAGCUGCUCCUCCUCGAUACAGCCGCGGCCGAGGGCACCGAGAACACCGAGAUGCCGAACUUGGCGGAUCUGGUGAAUGGUUUGUCCAGCGAGGUGAAGAAGGUCCUGUCGGCCACUGCGGCCGGUUGCACUGCAGAGAAGAUCGCCCAGGGUGCAGGUCUCGAGCAGCCACAGGUGGAGCGGGCAGCCGCGAAAGCCACGAAAAAGGUUGCACUCGCCCUGGAUCUGCCACCUCCGAAGGCGGCCAAUCUUGCUGCUGUCGCAGCGGGGUCCGCUGCUGGGAGAGCGGCUGCAGUACGUGGACUCGAGGAGACAAAAGUUGCUGUGGUGGCUGCAGAAGCCACGGUGCAGGCGGCAAAGGAAGCAGGGCUUCCGGAAGAACAGGCCAAGGAGAUCGCAGCCACUACGGCAGCCACCGCUGUGGCGGAAGGUGCCGCGAUCGCCAGCGUCAGAGAGAUCAGCGAAGAGUUGGCCCUGGACAAGAGGAUACGAGAAUCUGCCAAGAGUCCGGACGACUUCAGCCGUCUGGAUGCAAAUGGCGAUGGAAGACUCAGCGCUGAUGAGCUGACGAACUGGAAGCCCGUGGACGAUUUCAGUAUGCUAGAGCGGAAUGGAGACGGCAAGAUCUCCAUGAAGGAGUUUCAGAAGUGGAACCCCGAGUUCGCGAAUGUCGUGGCAUCGAAGCAGGUAUCUGUUCUCAGUCUGUCUCGUGCGAGCAACACACUCGGCAAGUUUGAUGCGAUGGACAUCAACCACGACGGCAAGAUCAGUCCAGACGAGCUAAACAACUGGAAGCGGCAUGACACCUUCAGUCUGCUCGAUGCGAACCACGACGGGCGAGUUUCUCCAGAGGAGCUGAGCAAGUGGCACCGGGACAUUACAGUCCAAGGCGAGCACGUGGCGGAAGGCAUGCAGCAAAUAGAGGCCAUGCUCGCGAAGCCGCUGCAGUCUAUGGUUUGA